UUAUCUACCGACUGGGUGAUUUUUGUCUGCCGGGCGUAAGCACUACACGGAUCGUUAAGUUUAGAAGUGUCUGUCCCUAUCAAAAUGUGGUUUUCGUGUUUAAAAAUCGCUUUUUUUCUAACUGUUAUUUCCUAUAUUAACGGGUCUGAUGAGAAGCGAAUUCUUCUCAGUGAUCCACAGUACAUACAACAGGAGCUGACAAGAUUCCAGUCGGAGCUGCAGGAGAUGCAGGUCAAGUACAAUGCAAUAUCGAACCAGAAUACCGAAUUGCAAUCCCUGCAGGCUACCGUAACAAAUCUGCAAAACACCGUGUUAACUCAAGACGCAAUUAUCAAAAGACUACCAAGCGGCAGAGGAGCAGUGUUUACAAGAUGGGGAAGGAAUGACUGUCCUGUCAAUACAACAACCAUGGUUUACUCAGGAUACGCUGGUGGGUCUUAUUUCACCCACCCUGGAGCUGCAGCAGAAUACGUCUGUAUGCCUAGCGAUCCAAUAUGGGGACCAUACAAGGAUUAUGUUAGCAACGAAUAUUUUGGAUACGUGUAUGGGGCUGAGUACGAAGUACCUGCACAUAUUUUUGGUAUGCCGAAUUUAUCAGAGGACGUACCGUGUGCCGUCUGUCUUGGUACACAGUACACAGCCUCCCUCAUGAUCCCGGGUAGGACACAAUGUUAUCCCGGAUGGACGGAGGGCUAUCAUGGUGAGCUAGCCUCCGGUUACUAUAACCAUGCUGCAGCCUCUCAAUAUGUCUGUGUUGAUCAACAUCCACAAGCCCUUCCCGCCGGAGGUAACCAUAAUGAGGAUGGUAAAUUAUUCUAUGGUGUCAAAGCUAAAUGUGGACCAUUACCUUGUCCACCGUAUGAGGACGGGAAAUUCCUCUCGUGUGUUGUGUGUAUGAAGUGAAUAAAGUAUCAACAUGUAUUCAAAUUAUGAAAAUAAAAGAAAGCA